UAGCGGCCGCCGCGCUCCACAGUCUCCGGUCAGUCGUCGCCGCCGCCGCGCCACCGCCGCCCCUGCCGCCGCGAUGUUCGGGAUGCUGAACAGCAGCUUCGAGGAUGACCCCUUCUUCUCUGAUUCUUUUAUGGCACACCGAGAAAGUAUGAGACACAUGAUGAAAAAUUUUUCUGAACCUUUUGGAAGAGAUUUUCUCAGCAUCUCUGAUGGUAGAGGAAGAGCUCAUAAUCAUAGAGGACAUCGUGAUGGUGAAAAUUCCUUGGCUCGUACAGAUGUCAACCCUUUUCAGGCAAUGGACCGAAUGAUGUUAAAUAUGCGAAACAGUAUGCAGGAAUUACAAAGAAACUUUGGUCACCUUUCAAUGGAUCCUAAUGGACAUUCAUUUAGUUCUUCUUCAGUUAUGACUUAUUCCAAAGUAGGAGAUGAACCACCAAAGGUUUUCCAGGCCUCAACUCAAACCCGGAGGGCUCCAGGAGGAAUAAAGGAAACAAGGAGAACAUUGAGAGAUUCUGACAGUGGACUAGAAAAAAUGGCUGUUGGUCAUCAUCUUCAUGACCGUGCUCAUGUCAUUAAAAAGUCAAAGAACAACAAAACUGGAGAUGAAGAGGUCAAUCAAGAAUUCAUUAACAUGAAUGAAAGUGAUGCUCAUGCUUUCAAUGAUGAGUGGCAAAGUGAGAUUUUGAAGUACCAAGGGGGACAUCGGCGCAACCUAGAAAGUAAUAGGAUGCGAAGUGUUGGCCAUGGGAAUUCUGGUUCCCGAGAGAUUAAAAGAAGGGAGAAACCUCAUCAAAAUCCAGCCAUCGAGAAGGGAAAAUCAAAUGCCUUUGUGGACAAACUCAACAUCAAAGGAUCACCUGUGAAAAUCAACAAAAAAUAAAUAGGCUUGCAUUUGAUUUAUUUAGUUUUGUUUGUUUUAAAAGAGAAAGUAAUGGUGCUGGGUAAUACACAUAAGACCAAUCUCUUGUUAAAUCACUACUGUACUUAUUAGCAACUUCCUUCUGAUAUCUGAAUGUUCUUGGAAGUGCUAGCUUUAUAUUAUCCUUGCUUUAGUAAUAAAACCUUGUUUU